UUAACCAUAUAUGAUUAAGAUUAUUGUUGGAUUUAAACUUAAUACAGAAAAAAAAGAACUUCUUUUCUUCUUCUUACAUUGUGUUUAUUGUCUAUGAUACAAUGUUCUAUGAUAUAUUAAAUUUGAUAUUACUUGCAACCCCCCUCCCAUUAAUGUUGUAUGGAAAUGAAUGUUGAUCCUCUAAAGCCAAUAUCCACGAGAUGAGUGAUCGUAGAGAUGCAACUGUUAAGAUGAAUACGCGGUGUUACAAGAUUAGAAAUUAUUAUAUUUGUUAGAAGAUGCAAGUAGCUAGCUCAUAUAGAGGAUAGAAUGAAGUAGACCUAAAUUGACGAGGAAUGAAGUUAUCUCGUAUGAUCUAGCAAAAGAUAGAACACGAGGAAAAUUGAAAGCUAGUGUGAUUAUGAGAAGAUUGAUCUUCGUAAUGUUAAAGAUAAAUUACCUCUAGUAGUGUUAGAUUAUCUUUUGAUACAGAGUAUUGAGAAUUGAGAUGUGAACUUGUGCUUUAAAUUCAUGAUUCGCAAAGUAAACUUGAUUUUGUUAUGUGUUUACAGUUUAACUAGCUACACAUGCGUACAUCCAAAGGAACGUUUAAGGAAAUACUAAUUUCCGCUGGCAUUAAAGGAAGUUCUCAUAAAGAAGGAGAGUCUACUAAACAGAAGUCCAAAAUUCUCCAUCCUCCCAUAGAGACUUUUUGGCAAUUGCCUCCAAAAAAAGAUCAGAAGAAGAAGUCUAUCAAAUCAAGAACCGCGAAAACCAUAAUGUCUUUGGCAUUAAAGAAAAAGAGCAAAAGUUUGCAAGUAAUUCUUGGAGGAUCACAUGAUCCUAAAGAUGAACAAAUUGUUGAUUCAUUUCGUCAGUUGGUUUUUCUUGAGGGUCAGUUGAUAGAUAAAAAUAAUGACUACCAUACGCUUUUAAGAUUUCUUAGAAUGAGGGAUUAUGAUCUUCAAAAAGCAAAGAACAUGUAUUUGAACUUUUUGAAGUGGCGAGAGGAGUUUCAUGUGGACGAAAUUUCUAAGGAGUUCAUGUUUGAGGAAUUCAAUGAGGUUAAACAGUGUUAUCCUCAUGGAUUUCACGGUGUAGAUAGAUAUGGUCGACCAAUAUACAUUGAAAGAAUUGGAAUGGUAAAUCUCACUAGGCUACUUGAAGUAACUACUAUUGAGAGAUUUGUGAAAUAUCAUGUGUCUGAACAAGAGAAAACAUUGAACUGGAGAUUCCCUUCAUGUUCACUAGCUGCAAAGAAACAUAUAGCUUCCACCGUCAGCAUCGUGGAUGUGAAGGAUGUGGGAAUUUCAAAUUUUUCGAAGCCUGCAAGGCUUCUCUUUCUGGAAAUUCAGAAGAUUGACAGUCACUAUUAUCCAGAGACGUUGCAUCGCCUUUUUAUCAUCAAUGCUGGAUCUGGAUUCAGAGUCUUGUGGAAAGCAAUCAAGGCAUUUCUUGAUCAACGCACCCUAGCAAAGAUUCAAGUGCUCGGGAGCAACUACACGAAGACCUUACUAGAAGUUAUUGAUCCAAGUAAUCUUCCAACUUUCCUAGGUGGCAACUGCAAAUGUUCCGAAUAUGGAGGCUGCCUUUUUAGCGAUAAAGGACCGUGGAAUGACCCUUCAGUUACAACUUUACUUCAGGCAAUGCUUGAAGUCGAAGAGGAGAAUAUCGAUGAUGAAGAACAGAAUUGUUCUGCUUCAAAAGAUUCCUUUGAUGGUCUUACUCCGGAUAAUGUAAGUAUUAAGGAUGUCUAUGAUGUGACUCCAUCAAGAGAUGAUACUUUUGGACAGCCAGUUCUACAGAAGAUCCUAACACUUCAAAGUGCAGUCAAUGACACAAAAUCAAAAAUCCAGGCAUUGGAAGCUGCUCUUACGGACAUGACAUCGGUGAUAGAAGGACUUGGACAACCAAUUGAAGAGCUGAAAAAACAAAUAUUAGUAUCAAAGUUAAGAGCUUGAGUUACCAAAUGAAGAAUUUCAAUCUUUUUUUUUUUUUGAAGGUUCUUGGUGUUGUCAAUUGAAUUUAAAUAAAAAAAGAGUAACUAUGUUAAA